GUUCGUUUAAAGUCCCGGCGCACCCGUAGGGCGAACCCAGCAUGUCAGACUCUCGAUGCUCUCGUGGUAGAGAGAACUCGAACCCCAAGGACCGCAGGUCAGCACCGCCCGUCCUCGUCCAUUAGUAAUGUGUAGGAUUCUUUGCAGCCAAGAGGCAGCUCAUCAUCGCUCCGUGUACGCGUAUUAGUUGGCUUGGCGGUGAUCUAUUCGACGAGAGUAACCAACCCAAACAUCCUACCCGAAUAAGGUCGAUCGAUACUUGCUAGGAUGCGCUACAACCAUAUUACGUACACAUUGUAUGAUGCCGCUUGCGAUCUUAAGACCUCGUCUGCUUCGUCUAGUGUGUCGACAGUGAACCUCUUGCGAAUGAGCCGUAAGCAACCAUGUUCAUCGGCCAUCUGCUACGCCUGCUAUGGCUCGCUCCGGCGACCGUCUUAGCGGCCCUCGAGGUCAAUCUCGACUCUCCAGAAUCCAUCCGAAAUGCUGCUAGUCAGGUCGCCUACGACUUGAUGACCUUUUAUCACGGCAACGAGACAGGCCACGUGCCGGGCAUCCUGCCAGGACCGCCGCCGGACGGAGACUACUACUGGUGGCAGGGCGGUGCGCUGUGGGGUACGAUGAUAGACUAUUGGCACUUCACGGGCGACGAGACGUACAACGAUGUGACGUACGAGGCGAUGCAGUUCCAGGUAGGCGAGAACUGGGACUAUGCACCGCGCAACUGGACGCUGUCUCUGGGGAAUGACGAUCAGGCCUUCUGGGGCAUGUCGGCCAUGCUCGCCGCCGAGAACAGGUUCCGCGACCCGCCGGCAGACCGGCCACAGUGGCUCGCCCUCGCCCAGGCCGUCUGGAACGAGCAGGCCUCGCCCGACCGCCGCGACGACACGUGUGGCGGCGGCCUGCGCUGGCAGAUCUUCCCUAGCAAUAGGGGCUACGAUUACAAGAAUACGAUCGCCAACGGCUGCUUCUUCAACAUGGGAGCGCGCCUGGCGCGGUACACGCAGAACGACACGUACGCGACAUGGGCGGAGGAGACGUGGGACUGGCUUGUGGGCGUCAAGUACAUUGACCAGGACUACAACGUCUACGACGGCGGCCACGUUCCGUUUAACUGCACCGACAUCAACCCGGUACAGUAUUCCUACAACGCCGCCGUUUUGCUGUUAGGGGCUGCGUACAUGUACGACUAUACGAACCAGAGCCAGAUAUGGGAGGAGCGGGUCACCGGCCUCCUCGACGGAAUCGAGCGGUUGUUCUUCCAGAACGGGACGGCGUACGAGAUCUCGUGCGAGGGGGGCAUCUGCAACACGGACAUGCUGAGCUUCAAGGGGUACCUGCACCGGUGGGUGGCGACGGCGACGCAGGUGGCGCCGUUCAUCCGCGCGCGGGUGAUGGGGCUGCUGCGGACGUCGGCGGCGGCGGCGGCGGCGCAGUGCACGGGCGGCGCGAACGGGCGCAUGUGCGGCUUCCACUGGACGUCGGGGGUCUUCGACGACCGCGUCGGCGCCGGCCAGCAGAUGAACGUGCUCGCCGCCCUGUCGACCCUCCUGAUCAACGACACCGACGCCCCCGUCACCAACACCACCGGCGGCACCAGCCGCGGCGACCCCACCGCCGGCUCCCGCGGCAUCAGCCUGCCCCACGACGAGCCCCCCACGACGGGAGACCGCGCCGGCGCCGGCGUCCUGACCGCGUUCGUGCUGGCGACGACUAUCGGCGGCGCGAUAUGGAUAGCGUUGGAUUGAUUGGUUCCUUGGGUCAUCGGUGGGUAUGGCGCACUAUGGUUGUUUUGGGACUAUCUA